UGCGAGUUAGCAGGUCCUCUCCAGCCAUGGCUGCUCAUGUGGAUCCGCUGGUGGUGGGGAGGGUGAUCGGUGACGUGGUGGACCUGUUCGUGCCGACGGUGCCCUUGUCGGUGCGCUUCGGCACCAGGGACCUCACCAACGGCUGCGAGAUCAAGCCACCUAUCGCCGCCAACAUGCCCGCCGUCCAGAUCGCCGGCAGGGCCAACGACCUCUUCACCCUGCUCAUGACUGACCCAGAUGCUCCGAGCCCCAGCGAGCCGAGCAUGAGGGAGUUGCUCCACUGGUAAAUUCUCGAUCACUUUUUCACUUGCCAGGUGGUGAUUUUCUGCCUCCUUGUCAGCAUGUACCGCGUUUGCUGUGAGACGGUGGUGCCGUACGUGGGCCCGCGGCCGCAGGUGGGCAUCCACCGCUACGUGCUGGUGCUGUUCCAGCAGAGGGCCCGCAUGAAUGCCCCGCCGCCGAUGGCCAUGGUGGGAGAGGCGGCGCGCGCCAACUUCACCACCCGCGCCUUCGCCAGCCGCCAUGACCUGGAGCUCCCGGUCGCCGCCAUGUACUUCAACGCUCAGAGGGAGCCCGCCAACCGCCGCCGCAACUACUGAGACCGUGCCGCCGGCUGAUCGACGGUGAUGAACCAAGAAGCUUAUUAAGCCAGCCGCCGUCGUCAGUGUCCAAUGCAAGAAGACGACGAUGAAAAGCUUCCUACAUGUCGUGUUGUCUUCCUUGAAUAAUUAAGCUGAACUGUGCUUGGGACUUGUCCCGUUAAUGUACCCUAUCAACUUGUGGUGCUUAAUUUGUUUAAUUAUUUAUGAUAA